UCGUUUAACAAUGGACAAGAAGCCAGGUUGGUCGCACCACUCACACUCUUUUUUUCUCUUUUCUUAUUUUUCACGUGGCAAUACAAGAAAAUCAUGACCCAUAGCUUCACCACUACAACCUUUCAUAAACCAACAAAUUGUCAAGCUUGCGAUGGUCUACUCUGGGGUGUUCGACACCAGGGGCAACAGUGCAAAGGUUGUGGUUAUAAUUGUCACGACGAUUGUACCAUUGCCGCUCCGUCAAAGUGUUCUACGACCACAACCACUACAGCUACAACAACACCGACAUCACCGUCUACAGGAGCUACGAAAAAUGUACCUGAAGCGAUCCUAAAUCAGACGACUCCUCCUCGAACAGCUACAACAUCCGAACAUAUUCAAAGUGUCAUUGUCACCGCCGCAUUGCGUGCCGCCGACAGAACUGAUCCGCCUAAUGAAUACCUUGCGAACUUGCCACCCCUGAAUGCACAAAUAUCAGCAAAGAACUUUGUACGGUUCGCCUCACGCUGUGGGUUCAUGUUUUCGUUUCGAGACUCUGUAAUCCUCUUGCUGAGCUGGGAAAAACCGUUGGAUACUUGUGUGGCUAUGGCGCUUUAUUGCAUGAUCUGCUUUCAUCCCAAAUUAUUACUCCUGGCACCACAAGUCGUCUUAUUACACAUCAUCAUCAGUGCAUAUUCAAAGCGACACGACCGGGAUCCAACGGGAGCAGGGUCAGGAGCAGCUGCCGAAAACUCGCCCGAGUAUCUACGCAACAUGCAAAAUCUGCAAAACAUGAUGGGUGAAGUGAGUGAUGCUUAUGACGUUGUUGUCAAGUACAUGCGCUUUGUCGACUGGUCGUCCGAGGCAACUACCUGGCUGGUCCUACAACUCACUAUUCUGUCGUCGGUUGGAAUGAUCGUGACCAUGUGGUUUGUACCACUGCAUCUGUUGCUCCUCCAAGCUGGUAUCGGGGUGUUUAUGUCUAACACGCGUUUUGCCAAGUACUGCAUUCGCGAGUUCUCGCCCUAUAUUAUCGACUAUGCCAAGGGAAGACUGCAUGUCGCCUCACAGUGGUAUACCGAGUUUGAAAAGCAAGUCGAUGAGCGAGAACGUGUGCGUGAAGUAUCACUGUUUGAAAAUCAGCGUUGGUGGUCUGAAAGUGGAUUCGCACCUCAGCUUUUGGAUAGCGAGCGAAAUGCAUGGUCAGAUCUGUCUGGAUCUGUACAGCUACCACCCAAGGAAGAUAUGACUGCACCCAAAGGAUAUCGUUGGACCCAAGACAACUGGAAGCUCGAUACGGCUGGUCCCUGGAUCGACGAUGUUCUGGGAAUUGUUCCUUGUCUCCCCUGAAGAAGGUGGAUGGAUGUAUACAGACAACAACUGGGAAUACUCUGGUAACGACAAGAACCAAGGACGACAGGCAAGAAUGACACGUCGCCGACGGUGGAUAAGACAAUGCGAACGUAUUGCAAACAAUGCAUCAACAUCAAGCACACAAUAGUACAUCUGUUUUAUCGUUUUUCUUUUU